AUGACCGCGUACCGACGAUAUCCCCCUCAUCCACCGCAGUCACUCGCUUCCAUACCGCACCAUCCAGCCAAGAUGCUUGUUAGAGUACACUCGCUUUCACUCCUCGCAGCCAUUGCCGCUUCUGGCGGACUGGCCGCCGCCGUUCCUCUCGAGUCCUCGUCUGCCUUCACCACCAGAGACCUGCCUCGUCCUCGAUUCGGAAGCGUCCCGUAUGGCGUCAGCAUCACUCACUGCACCGUCAACGGCAAGGUUGCCUUGACUUUCGACGACGGUCCCGGAGAGUACACCGAGAAGGUCCUCGACACCCUCGAGAAGAACGGCAACAUCAAGGCCACCUUUUACCUCGUCGGCACCAAUGGCAACAACGGCGUCGCCAAUCCGACUUACACCCCUCUGCUGAAGCGCAUGUUGGGCGCCGGCCACCAACUCGCCAGCCACUCGUGGAGCCACAAGGACUUCAAUACCAUUUCCCGUGACGAGCAGGUCGAGGAGUUGGUCAAGAAUGAGGAGAUCUUCGCCAAGGUUCUCGGCAUCGUGCCCACCUAUUUCCGCCCGCCCUACACUCACUGUGAUGGCCAGUGUAUUUCCACCCUUAACGAUCUCUCCUACCACGUGACCGAUUACAACCUCGAUACCAAGGACUGGGUUGACGGCGGUGCCAACUCCAAGGAGACGUACUCGAGCGCCAUCAACUCGGCCAACCCUGCCAGCUCUUCCUUCAUCGCACUCUCCCACGACAUUCAGUCCUUCACCGUCAACGGCUUCGUUCAGUACAUGAUCGAUGUCGCCAAGGAGAAGGGCUUCGAGUUUUCCACUGUCGGCGAGUGCCUGGGCGACCCUGCUUCCAACUGGUACCGCGACCCCAAGAGCGGCGAGCCCUCGGGCGGUAAGGAGGAACCCAAGCCUACCACGACCAGCAAGUCUGUGGCCCCCACCACUACUACCUCUGCGUCCACUUCCACCACCUCCCCCGCGGAGACCAAGACUACUGCAUCGAGCACCACCGAGUCCGAGACGGCGAAGCCAUCCGUUACCGACAAGUCCGCUUCCGAGACCGAUGAGCCCGAGACGGAGACCGAUGGUCCUACUUCCACCGGCGUCAGCCCUCCUACCGCCUCGCGGACCGUCGAUGGCGGCGCCAACAUCGGCAUCCCCGUGACGCCUACGGGCACAACCGGCGCUCCGAGACCCACGAGCACGAACACUGUCGUCGAGGUCAACGCUGCUGGCCGCGCCGUCUUGUCUGCCGGCGGGGCCCUUGCUGGUGCCCUAGCGUGGGCGAUGAUGAUUUGA